AUGGCCGCCGACGGGGGUCUUAGAAAAAGGGAAAAUGUUCGAAUCCGAGCUGUGUUUCUCUGCGGGUUUCCCUCCUGUCCAAGCACGGGUCCUUGGCUCCGGAUCUCAGCGGGAACCUCCCGCCGUGCCCCACCGAGAGCGUCCUUCCCCGAGGAUUACGCCAGUCAAAGGGAUAUGAGCAAGCAGCCUGUGAACAGUCCUGAAACCGUUGCUCCUGGAGCCAGUGAAGGUGCGGGAGUUGUAAGAAUCAGCCCCGAAAAUGAGCCGCAGAAUGCCCCAUCGCAAGCCCCUGCCGCGAUGGCCAGGCUUCCUCGAUCGCUCUCCAACGACAACAAAACACUUCUCUCCGAAGAAGCUAAACCAAAUGAUUUUGAGAGGACCAAAGUCGGGAUCUGCAAGCUCAGCAGCACCCCGGUGCAAGCCAACUCCACUCUCCGGAGGGAAUCUGUGGAAACCUUUCCGUGCAAGCACGCCCCUGGAGCAGGGGCCGCCGGGCAAGCUGCUAUCCCUCACUGCAAAAUUCCCGCUUUGCAAAGCACAGACGGGGACGCUAAUCUAACCCUUGGUAAGAGCACACUGGAGCGAAACAACGCCAAAGGCGCCUGGGUGACCUUGAGCCAGAGUACCGUGGUACUGGGCACAGAUGGCAACACUUCUGUUCUUCCUGGCAGAGUGGAGGGGGAAGACGAUGUAGGGGAUGAAAAUAAAGCCCGAGGGAACUGGUCUAGCAAGCUGGAUUUCAUCCUCUCCAUGGUGGGUUAUGCAGUGGGGCUGGGCAAUGUCUGGAGGUUCCCGUACCUGGCCUUUAAGAAUGGGGGAGGUGCGUUUCUCAUCCCCUAUUUGAUGAUGUUGGCUCUAGCUGGGAUCCCCAUUUUCUUCCUGGAAGUCUCCCUGGGGCAGUUUGCUAGUCAGGGGCCCGUGUCGGUCUGGAAAGCCAUCCCCGCCUUGCAAGGCUGUGGCAUUGCAAUGCUGAUCAUCUCCGUUCUAAUAGCCAUAUAUUACAAUAUUAUUCUGUGCUACACACUUUUCUACCUUUUUGCGUCCUUUGUACCUGUGCUACCUUGGGCUUCGUGUAACAACCCGUGGAACACGCCAGACUGUAAAGAUAAAAACAAACUUUUGUUAGAUUCCUGCAUUAUUGGUGACCACCCAAAAAUACAAAUCAAGAACUCUACUUUCUGUAUGAGUGCCUAUCCAAACUUGACUAUGGUUAACUUCACGAGUGAAGGAAACAAAACGUUUGUCAGUGGAAGUGAAGAAUACUUCAAAUACUUUGUAUUGAAGAUUUCAGCAGGGAUUGAAUAUCCCGGUGAGAUUCGAUGGCCCUUGGCACUGUCCCUUUUCCUAGCUUGGGUGAUCGUAUAUGCCUCCCUUGCUAAAGGAAUCAAGUCAUCAGGAAAAGUGGUGUACUUUACAGCUACGUUCCCCUAUGUAGUUCUCAUCAUCCUUCUUAUAAGAGGAGUAACUCUACCUGGAGCAGGAGCUGGAAUUUGGUACUUCAUCACACCAAAGUGGGAGAAGCUAAUUGAUGCUAUGGUUUGGAAGGAUGCUGCCACUCAGAUUUUCUUCUCGUUGUCUGCAGCAUGGGGAGGUCUGAUUACUCUUUCUUCUUACAACAAAUUUCAUAAUAAUUGCUACAGGGACACAUUGAUAGUCACGUGUACCAACAGUGCCACAAGUAUAUUUGCAGGCUUUGUCAUCUUCUCAGUUAUUGGCUUCAUGGCAAAUGAGCUCAAAGUGAAUAUCGAAGCUGUGGCAGACCAAGGUCCUGGAAUUGCUUUUGUGGUUUACCCAGAAGCCUUAACUCGGCUUCCUCUCUCUCCGUUCUGGGCUAUAAUAUUCUUUUUGAUGCUUCUGACGCUUGGAUUGGACACUAUGUUUGCCACUAUUGAGACUAUAGUGACCUCCGUUUCGGACGAGUUCCCCAAAUACUUACGUACGCACAAGGCACUGUUCACUCUUGGGUGCUGCAUCUCCUUUUUCAUCAUGGGAUUUCCUAUGAUCACUCAGGGUGGAAUGUAUAUGUUACAGCUUGUGGACACUUACGCAGCUUCUUACUCUCUUGUCAUCAUUGCCAUUUUUGAGCUUGUUGGAGUUUCCUACAUAUAUGGAUUGCAAAGAUUUUGUGAAGAUAUAGAAAUGAUGAUUGGAUUCCAGCCAAGUAAAUUCUGGAGAGUCUGUUGGGCAUUUGUGACACCAACUAUUUUAACAUUUAUUCUUUGCUUCAGUUUUUACCAAUGGGAACCAAUGACUUACGGAGCUUACCACUAUCCAGGCUGGUCCAUGGUGCUUGGAUGGCUGAUGCUGGCCUGCUCAGUUAUCUGGAUCCCAGUUAUGUUUGUGAUAAAAAUGCAUCUAGCCCCAGGCAAAUUUAUAGAGCGUCUCAAGUUGGUGUGCUCUCCACAGCCUGACUGGGGUCCGUUUUUGGCCAAGCACCGCGGUGAACGUUACAUGAAUAUGAUUGAUCCGCUGGGAACCUCUUCCUUGGGACUUAAACUGCCAGUGAAGGAUAUAGAACUGGGGACCCAAUGCUAA